AAGACUGAAAAGUCAACUAAGAAGAUUUCAAAAGAACAGAAGUAACAUUUUUUAGUAUAAACUACAUUUAUUUGUGGUGAAAAUAUAUAUAUCAUUUUGACUCAAAUAGUCAAACUGUAAAGAGUUUUUGGGGUAGAGGACUUAAUCUUAUACCAAAAUCAGAUUUUUUAUAUUUUUGUUCCUAAGUCCUAAAUAAGAAGAUUGCCAUUGUAAAAUGUCGUUGGUAAAUAACAUUAUUUUUAAAGAAAUGAUAUCUUACGCGUCCUUUGAAAUGGUGGAAACAGUUUGGGACGAAGGGAAGGUGCACCCGAGCAGGGAGAAAGUGGUGGUGAGUGAAGGCAAAAGAAACUUGAUAAUACAAGGGCAGGGUUACCUCAGCACUACCAUAUUGUGGAAUGACAAUGCCAACUCUACUGGAAGCACUGCCAGCAGCUACACCUUUGCGGUCUUAGCUCCCAACUUUGUUGCUUAUAAUAUCAGCUUUCAGAACAUAGCUCCGGUGCCAUCUCCUGGAGAAUCAGGAGGCCAGGCGAUAGCUUUAAGUGUUUACGGAGAUCAAUCUGCAUUUUAUGGAUGUGGGUUUUAUGGAGCUCAGGAUACCCUUAAUGAUGAAAGUGGAAGACAUUACUACAAAGAAUGCUUCAUUCAGGGUUCAAUUGACUUCAUAUUCGGAAAUGCUCGAUCACUAUACCAAGAUUGCACAAUAAAUAGCAUAGCGGAGGAAGGGGGCGGAGGCGUAAGUGGUUCGAUCACGGCACAUAGGAGGGGGUCGGAGGAAGAGGACACCGGAUUCUCAUUUGUGAAUUGCAAUGUGGGUGGGAGUGGGAAGGUGUGGCUUGGGAGAGCAUGGGGGCCAUAUGCAACCGUUGUCUUCUCCAACACAUACAUGUCCCAAGUGGUUUCUCCGGAUGGCUGGAAUGAUUGGAAUAAUUCUACCAGAGAUGACUGAACAAUGGCUGAAGCAAGAGGAAGCAUUUCAUUUCAAUUCAUGUAUUUCAAUUCCAAAAUUUGAAAUCCUGAAUUUCAAAUGACAAGGGGAGGUGCAUGGAUUUCAAAUUAAGCUUGGUUUUGAAUGUAAAGAAUUUGAUUCAAAUCCAAAUUCAAAAUGCUUAAGUUUCCCAAACAUGGAAUUUAAGCCAAAUCCAAAUUUGAAAUCCAAAUCCAUGUUCCCAAACAUACCAUAAAAGUAUUCAAUUUUU